AUGUAGGAGCCUACGGUAAACAGAGUGAUAGCGGUACGUUUUUAGCCUCAGAUUUAUAUGACAUACUCGAUAACUACAAAAAUUCAUUACCUCUUCCUACAAAAAUCAAAGAUACCGAAAUUGUUAUGCCAUAUGUAAUGCUUGCUGAUGAUGCCUACCCUUUAAAAGAGUAUAUAUUGAAGCCAUAUUCAAAGCGAAAACUGACACAUGAAGAAAUGAUAUUUAAUUAUAGACUUUCACGUUCUAGACGUUGUGUCGAAUGUGCGUUUGGAAUAAUGUGUACCAAGUGGAGACUGUUAUACAAACCUAUCGAAACUAAAAUUGAAAAAGCAGAAAACAUUGCCAAAGCCAUAACUUUACUGCAUAACAUAAUAAUAGAUUUAGAUGGAAGCCCUAACGCAAUUGCAAUAGAAGAAGCAAUGGAAAGUUUCGAAUUUGAAAAAAAAAAUCAAGAAAUUACAAAUAUUUCACGAAAAAGUCUUAAUAGGUAUUCAAAUGAUGCAAAACAACUUAGAGAUACAUUAAAAUCAUAUUUUAACAGUCCAAUUGGAAAAAUUUCAUUUCAAGAAAUUUAUUGUUAUGGAACAAAAAGUAAUUAA